UUUUGAAGAUGUAUGAUAUUCCGUGACCCGGAAGUACUUUGUUAGGGUUGUCGAUGAGAUUUUGAUCAAUAUACCCAACAGCUUUAUUAAUUAGAUAUUGUUAGCCAUGUCUCAAGACGGAUUUCAAACUACAGUUAUAAGGACCACGCACAAUAACAACACGAGCUCGAGUAUUCAACAACCACAGGCACCGUGUCCUGGUAAAACACCCAUACAAGUUCUACAUGAAUAUGGAACAAAAAUUGGUAACCUUCCCGUGUACGUGAUGGAAAAGGCCGAAGGGGAGGCGCACCAACCCAGCUUCAUCUUCAACGUUACAAUAGGAGAUAUGUCCUGCACAGGUCAAGGAGCCAGUAAAAAAGCCGCCAAACAUCAGGCUGCUGAGUCUGCCCUGAACCUUCUGGAAAUAGACCCUGGAACACCCCUUCACAUAAAGAAGGAGAGUAACGGCAACCCAGCGAAGCCUAACGACCAACCCAACUCAGUGGGCAAACUGCAGGAGCUGGCCCUGCAGCGGGGAUGGCGCCUCCCUGAAUACACUGUUUUCACAGAGGCAGGCCCACCUCACAAGAGAGAGUUCACUGUUACCUGCAGAAUGGAGUCGCUCACAGAGACUGCAACGGGAAAUUCCAAGAAGGUGGCUAAAAAGGCAGGUGCUGAGAAGAUGUUGGCAAAACUUCAAAAUGUGUCUGGUUGUCCUGAGAUCACAUGGAUCCCAAAGCCCGGUGUCCGAUUGGAGAACUUGCGUAACUCCUCAGCAGAGAAGAUGUCUCUCCUAAGAAGGAACCCACUCAGUAUUCCCAACACAGACUACAUCCAGAUGAUGCUGGAGCUGUCCCAAGAGCAGGGCUUUGAAGUCACAUACUUUGACAUUGAUGAGCUGACAGUGAACGGGCAGUACCAGUGCCUGGCAGAGCUGUCCACCUCACCCGUCACCGUAUGCCACGGCACAGGCAUCUCCUGCGGCAACGCACAUAACGACGCCGCACACAACGCUCUCCAGUACAUCAAGAUCAUGGCUUCCAUCAAAUGAGCGAUCGUAGUUUAAGGAAAAACAUAUUUCAUCUCAACUGAAAGGUGUCGCUAUCCUCCAUCUACCCCAGUGUUGUGUGGAAUUGGUGAAUAUUGAAGGAAGUAUCAAUAGAAAUCAUGCCAUUCAGACAAAUCUACCUAGUUGAUGUUUUUUUUUUUUUUACAGUGACAGGAAACACAGUUCAUCACCUGUGGUGUCUGUCAGCCAUUUUUAAAUUACUUUAAGAAAAAGUGUUAAAGCUAAUCCUGUGGAGUUUAUGUUUUAUGGAAAAACAAGGACAAGGGAAUAGAAUGGACACUAGUCUUGAAAGGCCUUGCUGCCAAAAUGUUGACAUGUUGAGAACAGUCUCCACCCUAUCCCAUUGUUGACAUGUUGAGAACAGUCUCCACCCUAUCCCAUUGUUGACAUGUUGAGAACAGUCUCCACCCUAUCCCAUUGUUGACAUGCUGAGAACAGUCUCCAUCCUAUCCCAUUGUUGACGUGUUGAGAACAGUCUCCACCCUAUCCCAUUGUUGACGUGUUGAGAACAGUCUCCACCCUAUCCCAUUGUUGACGUGUUGAGAACAGUCUCCACCCUAUCCCAUUGUUGACGUGUUGAGAACAGUCUCCACCCUAUCCCAUUGUUGACGUGUUGAGAACAGUCUCCACCCUAUCCCAUUGUUGAGAACAGUCUCCACCCUAUCCCAUUGUUGAGAACAGUCUCCACCCUAUCCCAUUGUUGACAUGCUGAGAACAGUCUCCACCCUAUCCCAUUGUUGACAUGUUGAGAACAGUCUCCACCCUAUCCCAUUGUUGACGUGUUGAGAACAGUCUCCACCCUAUCCCAUUGUUGAGAACAGUCUCCACCCUAUCCCAUUGUUGACGUGUUGAGAACAGUCUCCACCCUAUCCCAUUGUUGACGUGUUGAGAACAGUCUCCACCCUAUCCCAUUGUCGUUGUUUUUCUAUACAUGCAAUAGUGUAUUGAAUGAUAAAUGUAAAACUAUUUGCACUGAACAAAAUUAGUGAGAGAACUUGUUUUGUCUCGUUUACUCAUAAGCCUAUGAUAAAGGAAUUUAUCAAUGAAUUUGAUGAAACACUAACGUAAAUCUACCCCUCAUUUUUCACAUAGGGAUAUUUUCUAAAUAAUGAAGCAGAUUGACAAAGGUCAGUUUGAUAAAUUAAGUAGGAACAAACUAAAUAUUCAUUACACAUUGGUAUUUUGUUUGUACAUUAUAUUUGGUUGAUUUAAUUGGUUAUCAUUCCUCUUUGCCAAGUCAAGAUUCAAUUACAUUAGUGUGAAACACUUUUCCAUAGUGUAUAUUAAUGACAUAGUCCAUUAUAACUUUUAGUUUGAUUUUAGAGUGAAGUUUGAGCUUUGGUUAACACCAUUAUAUUAGUUUCGUUUUUAUUGCAUUUGAUUCCGUCAAACAGGACUUGUGUUUCAUGUAACUACCACAUGUCUUAACAGAGAACAAGACCAACAGCAGGUUUAGUUUAGUGUCAAAACAAAAACAACUGCUCAAUUGGGCUCCAGAGUGGUGCAGCGGUCUAAGACACUGCAUCUCAGUGCUAGAGGUGUCACUACAGACUCUGGUUCGAUUCCAGGCUGUAUCACAACCGGCCGUGAUUGGGAGUCCCAUAGAGCGGCGCGCUAUUGGCCCAGCGUCGUCCGGGUUAGGCCAUCAUUGUAAAUAAGAAUGUGUUCUUAACUGACUUGCCUAGUUAAAUAAAAAUACAAAUUUAAUUAGAAAAAGUAACAUUUGGCUUGUUUAGGUUGAAUUGUGCUUACAUCAUAUGAGAUGAUAUAAAUCUACGUCUAGACUAUGAAAAUAUGUAUUUCUUUUUGUGAAAUAGAUAUUUAAGUUAAGGGUAGCAAGGUUGCAUACUCGGAAACAUGGGGACAACUCCUGUCUUAGACUUCAAGGCCGCCAUUUUGUUGUCUUCUUCGCUCUACAAAGAGACAAUAAUUGGAAUCUUGGCAGCUUUGGUGUUGAUGACUAAGAAGGUAGUCACCCUGUUGUGAUUGGUGACGUCAUGCUUUUCAGUCUACCUGCAAUGUAGCCUAGUUAUGUCAGCUGUGUAUGAAGUCAUUUUGCUGUGUGUGUGUUUUGAAGGCUUUGAGUUUGUGCUGGUUGAAAUGUUAUGCUAAUGACGGGAUGAUAUUUGCUACCGGAUUUCACCUUGUCCUGAGUUUCUGUCACAAAGCCUAGAUUCGGUGGUUUAACCAUAUUUUGGUUUCCUUUAUUAACAAGGUGUGUAUUGUAUGUAAUGUUUUUGGUGGACUCAUCCCAAACGUGUGCUGUGUACCUGACCACAUUAAUACACAACUAUUACAUGUGAAGUGGGACAGACAUGUUAAAUAAAUCUACUUGACAUUGA